CAUAGACGACGGUUAUCUGAAUUUGUUUACUUUACCGAUGUCAAGACUUAUCAUAAGUAUCAUAGAAUGUACAAGGACAUGAACCUUAAAUCAGAGACUUAUAAUAACAUCUGCUUUAAUUAAACCUGGUGGAAUGGCGGCAGCAGAUACCCUAGUGUACAAUGCAAGAAUAUGGCAGAGUGGUGGCGAAGAUGCGUCGUGGAUGGUAUUUAGCACUACAACAGGAUUAAUCAAGACGCUUGGUAGAGCAGAUCCUCCUUUGAAAGCACCGGAUGUAUCAUGUUCCAUAGAUUACAAAGGCAAACGCAUUUUCCCAGGUUUCCAUGAUUCUCACAUCCACGUAAGUUUAUUAGGUCAGGCAAUGCGAAACAUUGAGCUUAACGGAGCUGGAUCGAUUGAUGAAUUUAAAGAACGGAUUCGUAGCUUCGCUGCAGCUCACCCAGAAAGAGAGUGGUUGUUUGGUAGACACUGGGAGGAAGAUGUUAUGGGGCGAUAUCCCACAAAGGACGACAUUGAAGAUGUGUGUCCGAAUAGACCAGUUAUAGUUAGUAGAGCUUGUGGGCACAUAGCCGUGGUCAACUCCAAAGCAUUCGAAAUUGCAGGAUUUGAUGAAACAACUAAGGAUAUAGUUGGUGGGAAAUUUGAACGGUAUCCUCCUGGACAUAUUCACGAGGGUAAACUCACUGGUAUAGUAAAGGAGAAAGCGUUAGAUUUAUUUGAUCUUUUCAUAACACCCGAUAGUACAGAAUGGAAAGAAAGCAUUGAACUGGCACUAAAGCAUUGCUUAGAGAAGGGCAUAACAGCUGUGCAUAGCAAUGAGCCAUGUACAUGGGGAGAAUAUUGCGAACUUGCUGACGAAAACCGUCUUCCGAUUCGUGUGUUCUUUGCCGAGUACUUUGAAAGCUUAAAAGCUAAUCCCGAAGCGUCCAAUCCAAAGCCAAAGGAAGCCCAUGGUGAGCUUCUGUCAUGUGAUCGUGUGAAGGUGUUUGCAGAUGGAGCAUUGGGGGCGAGUACAGCUGCACUAAGUGAACCAUAUAAGGGAUGCCAACAUAAAGGUCUUCUACUCCAACCGCAAGAGGUGAUCAAUGAUCUGGUGGCAGAGGCGCAUACAACGGGUUAUCGUUUAGAAAUUCAUGUCAUUGGGGAUGAGGCUGCAAACGCUGCGAUUGAAGCAUUGGAGAAAGCUGGCGUUCUGGCAAAAGACAGACCUAUUUUGACCCAUUGUCAGAUCCUUCGUGAAGACUUGCUUGCUAGGAUGAAGCGAUUGGGAGUUGUUGCUAACAUCCAACCCCAGUUUGUCAACACAGACGGAGCCUGGUUAAAUGACAGACUAGCUGGAAGUUUAUUGGAAUAUUCGUACGUCUGGAAGACACUACUGGAGAAUGGAAUACAUGUUGCUGGUGGAUCAGAUGCUCCCGUGGAGUCGCCAGAACCAUUCUUAGGUAUCUACGACGCCAUCUUUCGACAUGUGGGGACGAGAGGAGCAAAUUCUCCUGUACAUAGGCCAGACCAAUGUUACAGCUUAAAGGAGGCGGUUGAUCUGUACACAAAAGGAGGGGCAUAUGCUACGCAUCGUGAAGGUAAUUUGGGACAACUCUCACAGGGAUAUUUUGCAGAUUUUGUAGUAAUGGAUGACAACGAGGAUGUCUGUGAAGAUCCACGCAGGUUCCUAACAGCAAAAGCAGCAGAGGUUUGGGUCGCUGGAAAAAGGAAAUUAAACAUAUAUGAUUCAGUAAAAUGAAUAUCGCUCUGUUUUAUUAUUACUUUGGAUUAUAUUGUACAACGUUCUAUUGCACUUACUAGUAUUGCUUUGUAAAAUGGAAUUUCAAACUGAACAAUCUUCCUUGUUAAAUCUGCGAGUAUUAGAGACUGAAUAUUUGCAAAUAAAAAGUACAACGUCUCGAUUGUUUAACACAGUGAUUAAGGGAUUAAGCCAAAGUUGGUGAUUUAUUGCAUAUUAGACCCGGCUUAGGUAACAACACAAUAGAAUGAACUGUAGUUUAUUGUAAAGAAUAUACAAUUAUAACAAAGAA